GAAAACCGUCCGAUCCCAGAACCGGGUGCCAAUGAGGUCCUCCUGCGGAUGCAUUCAGUUGGCAUCUGUGGGUCUGAUGUUCACUACUGGCAGCAUGGUCGAAUUGGGGAUUUUGUCGUGAAGAACCCCACGGUGCUGGGGCACGAAGCUUCUGGGACUGUUGUCAAAGUAGGUUCAGGAGUGACUCAUCUGAAACCAGGUGAUCGAGUGGCCAUCGAGCCUGGCGUCCCAAGAGAAAUGGAUGAGUUCUGCAAAACUGGCCGCUAUAACCUGUCUCCAACCAUCUUCUUCUGCGCCACCCCUCCUGAUGAUGGGAACUUGUGCCACUACUACAAGCACAAUGCCAGCUACUGUUACAAGCUUCCAGAUAAUGUCACCUUUGAAGAAGGAGCCCUUAUUGAGCCCCUUUCAGUGGGAAUCCAUGCCUGCAAAAGGGCAGGAGUCACCCUGGGAAGCAAAGUCUUCGUGUCUGGCUCUGGACCAAUCGGCCUUGUUAAUGUGCUUGUUGCUAAGAUGAUGGGUGCAGCAGCUGUGGUAAUUACAGACUUAUCUGCCUCUCGCCUGCAAAAAGCCAAGGAGGUGGGAGCAGAUUUCACCAUUCAGGUAAAGAACGAGACCCCACAGGAGGUGGCCUCCAAAGUGGAAAGUCUGCUUGGCUGCAUGCCCGAGAUAACUGUGGAGUGUACAGGAGUGCAAGCGUGCAUCCAGGCUGGCAUUUACGCCACUCGUUCUGGUGGGACCUUGGUGCUGGUGGGGCUGGGGCCUGAGAUGGUCGCCGUGCCCAUUGUGAACGCCGCUGUGCGGGAGGUGGAUAUCCGGGGGAUAUUCCGCUACUGUAACACGUGGCCUGUGGCAAUUUCUCUGCUUGCAUCCAAGCAGAUCAACGUCAAGCCCUUGGUUACGCACCGCUUCCCCUUGGAAAAAGCUCUCGAGGCGUUCGAGACCGUCAAGAAGGGCGAGGGGAUCAAAGUCAUGCUGAAGUGUGACCCCACUGACCACAACCCCUGAGAUGCCACAGUGCCCGGCCCUCUCCCC